AAUUUAAAAAACUAAAAACUAAAAAACAUGAAAAAACAGAACGAGAGAGAAAGUUAAGAGUGAGAGAAGGGUCACGCAACGAACCCAGGCCGAGACAGAAUUGAACGCUGAUGCUCACUCCGUUGCGUUCCAUCGUUCAUAAUCGUCGUUGACUCUGCCGAGUCUCUGUUGUCGACGACGAGGACGACCUGUUAGCUCUAGGAGAUAGAAACGACAGCGUUUCAGAGAGAGAGAGUGGAAGCCAUGAUAACGCGAUCGAAUCUGGCAGAGCAAUUGAGAGAGUACCAGAUUCGAUCGAAGCACGACUGGGCCUCCGUCUCCUUCUUCUCCUCCACUUCUAAUCUCCCUUCUUCAAGGGUGGAUGUUGUGAUCUUUGUAAUAUGGGAACUUGUUAUUCUAGCUUUCCUGGUUUUUUCAGCAGUAUCUCUAUAUUUUAGGCAUAUGCAACUUGCUUUAAUUCUAGUAUGCAUCACAAUGCUAUUGCUUUUGUGUAUGAGAAUUACAAAGCAAGUGAGAUUGGCCAGGAAAAAGAAGCGAAGGAUGCUUCUACCAUUAUCAAUGUGAAACUACAUGUAGUUGCAAUCUUUUUUUUUUUUUUUUUUUUUUUUUUUUUCUAGUAUAACCCAACUUUGUUGUGUUAUAUUCUUGGCCAUUGCUAUUGGUCGAGCUUCUAUUUUUAGUUAUUGGACAUGUACUGCACCGAAAGAAAGUUGAUAAAGAAUAUAAUGAUGUGUUUACUUCAA